CACUUUCCGGAAGUAAUCGCUAAAGUCUCAGUCUCCCGGCUGUGGCGAGGUCUCCGCGCUGGAGAGGAAAUGCAACAUCAGAGUGAUCCCAUAUUCCAGGCAAUUCAAAGAAUUCUGACCUAUAAGCUGAGCUUAGUUCCAGACUUGGAAUGGCCAAAUAUCAAGUUGAAGUUCAAAGUUUGAAGCUGGAUGAUGAUUCAGUUAUAGAAGGAGUUAGUGAUCAAGUGCUUGUGGCAGUCGUGGUCAGUUUUGCUUUGAUUGCUACUCUGGUAUAUGCACUUUUCAGAAAUGCACACCAAAACAUUCAUCCAGAAAACCAAGAGCUAGUAAGGGUGCUUCGGGAGCAACUUCAGACAGAACAGGAUGUACCUGCUGUUACUCGGCAGCAGUUCUACACUGACAUGUACUGUCCAAUCUGUUUACAUCAAGCCUCCUUCCCUGUUGAAACAAACUGUGGACAUCUUUUUUGUGGUACAUGCAUUAUUGCAUACUGGCGGUAUGGUUCAUGGCUUGGGGCAAUCAGUUGUCCAAUCUGUAGACAAACGGUAACUUUACUACUGCCAAUAUUUGGGGAAAAUGACCAGUCUCAGGAUGUUUUACCGUUGCAUCAAGAUAUUAAUGAUUAUAACCGGAGAUUCUCAGGGCAGCCUAGAUCUAUUCUGGAAAGAAUUAUGGAUCUACCCACUUUACUGAGGCAUGCAUUCAGGGAAAUGUUUUCAGUUGGGGGCCUUUUCUGGAUGUUUCGUAUCAGGAUAAUACUUUGUUUAAUGGGAGCUUUUUUCUAUCUUAUAUCACCUCUGGAUUUUGUACCUGAAGCCUUAUUUGGAAUUUUAGGCUUUCUAGAUGAUUUCUUUGUCAUCUUUUUGUUGCUGAUCUACAUCUCUAUUAUGUAUCGAGAAGUGAUUACACAGAGACUAAACAGAUGAAAAAUAAAUUUACUAAAAUAUUUGAAUAUUAAACCAAACAAAA